UCAUGACCAACGGGCUUCUAGCUUCUGGCUAGCAUAUGGUCUGUAUAAUUGCAUUCAAGCUGAUCGUAAGAUAGAACGUCAUGCCGGGACCGACGAACGGUAUCCAUCUUGAUAUCUCGGCACUCCCGGACCAGGCCGAAACUAUCCGAUGGGGCGUUCCAGCCUGGCAGGGUCUUUGGCGAGGAUCCCCUCUCAUCAAGAUCUACGAUGUCAACGGCUGUAGAAUCGCUAUCAUCCCUACCAAUCUUUUGUCCCAUGGAUCUGCUUCAGAAGCCUGGCAGCAAAUAGUCACCAUCAUUGGCUGUUGCGUGGAGUUCAACAACGGUCGACUCUAUUCGCCUGGACCAGGGGGUCUCUCGCCGAUCGACGAGUCGGUAUGGCUUAUACCCGGUAACUACAUCUUCGGUACCCAAAGCGAAGCCACAGGGGAAUGGCUUCCUUGUCAGCCUUUAGAGGGACCUUGCGGUAGACGAGUCGGCAGGCUCCCUCAGCCGGACGAUGGGGAAGAGCCAGACGAAGACGAGGAUGACGAUUAUAUUGAUGAAGAGGACGAUGCUGGAAGUCAGAAUAGCAUGAGCGUGUCCUCCCGGACCGCUCGAGCGGGACAAUACAAAUUCAAGUUACAACUGGCCAUGCGGGAUGGGACCUGUCUCGCUACGGGUGUAAAUUCUUAUCACAAUGUCGGCGCCCAUAUUAUUCCGAUCAGUCGCCCUGAUCUCUACAAGAUGCUGCUUGGGCCGGAAAUGACAUCUUCCUUAUAUGCGGUCGAUAUGGGGAUAUUACUAUCACCUGAUUUGCAUAAGAGCUUUGACGCAUUGCAAUGGGCAUUCUUCCCAAGGGAGACGGACAUGGUACUACACGUGUUCAACACAGAUGACCCGGAUAUCGCGAAACUACAUGGGCGGGUAGUGCCUCAUUCCUCUUUUAGGGUGAACGAUUCCAGAGACUUUCCCGACCCUCGUCUACUCCUCUUCCACUACCGACAAUGCGUGCAGAUGUAUUUCCGCUACUAUUCCUACAAAGUUUCCGCCCGAGACGGACUCGAGCGGAAUGUCGGUCGAAUCAUAUGAUAAUUUGAAGUACGGCCUUGCAAGAUACUUGCUCAGCCGCUCGUUGUAACGUUAUUAUGCACAAGAUCACAAGAUCUACUGUCCUCCGGC